AUGGCAGCAAUUUCCUCCUUCAAUGGGCUAUUCUUUAGAGUGGCAAUGCUGUUUGCCCUUGCCUUUUUCUGUUUCAAGAAUGUAAAUAGUAUUCUGCAAAACUCAUACAUGGCCGUUUUCACUCAAGCAAUGAAUCUACCAGCAUUGAGCAUGUCACAGUAUAGUGCCCAAUUGGGUCUAUUUGGAAUUUUAUUCCUAUUUGCAGCGGUCAGUGAUCUGAUCCCCCUGCUAGAGCGCAAUCAAAAGUACUUUAAUUCUGUGGUACCCUUCAGAUUAUUCAUGUUUUUCACCUUGGCUGGAUUGGCCUACCUUUGGGAAUCGAAUUUAUACUUACACAACAAUGUGGUAUUCACAUACUGUUUUAUUGAAGUUUGGGUCAAUUUUAUUGUCCUAGGAGCCCUAAGAGAAGAAAGAAAUGAACAAUUCAAAAGCUCGAAUCAAUUUUCCAGCCAAGCAAUCAUAGUCGAAGAAUCGGAGAACAACGAUGAGGACUCUGAAGUUUUAACCAGUGUCCAAGAAAUUGAGCAAAUUGUUGAAAUUAUGGAUGAAUGA